UGCGCGUCUAUUACUACAAAUAAAUAGUUCCAGCCCCCCCGUCCCUUGUAUUUACUGCGGGCUGGGGCUCUGCAGUCCCCGCCGGAGCCGGAGACCGCACGAAGACAUCCCAGCGCGGUGUGCUCGACGGGAGGGGAAGUAAUCCGGCCGGCACAGCGAGGUGUUUCCCACUCCCCCGCGGAGGGAUAUUUUGUCUCUUUUUCUCCGCACCAAAACAUUGAGAGUUAAGAGGCAGCUCCUGCUGUAAUUGAGCUCAGAAGUGAGCAGGCACCGAGGAGGCUGCGCUGCUGCUGCACCGGGGUGACGGCUUCACUGCGGCGCUGGAUUGAAUUCGCAGUCACCCAGCGGCCCCGAGCAAGCGUCCUUCUAGCCGGGGCGGAUUUUACCCACUUUCUCUGCAGCCCUGCUGGCAUCUGGGGUUGCGUUCAGCUGCGCUAGGAGAAGCAGAGCAUCGCCCCCGUUAUUGAUUGCUUUUUGUCGAAGGGCUCCACGCCGCUUCAGCUUGGAUUCUUUGUGGCUGUUUAUUUUUGGAGGCGUCUGCCACCCUCUGCUACAACAUCAACUGCUGCUGGUGGACCGGGGAGAGCAGGGCGGGAGCCAGGCAGCCGCUUCGUAGCUCCCCUCCCGGAGCCGGGAAGGAGAGCGCGCCGCUCCUCUCCAGCAGCUCGUUAAUUGAAUAAUUAGCCCGGAGGACACACUCUACGUUUCGCUGCAGGAUCUCUUUCCUCCCCCUUCCCCCGGCUCCUCUGGAAGAUGUUGCUCUCUAAGUUUGGCUCCCUCGCUCACAUUUGCAACCCCACCAGCAUGGAUCACUUGCCCGUGAAAAUCCUCCAGCCAGCGAAAUCGGAGAAGGAGCCCUUCGAUAAAGUCUACCAGGUGGGCUCCGUGCUGGGCAGCGGGGGCUUCGGCACGGUGUACGCGGGGACCCGGAUAGCAGACGGCUUGCCGGUGGCCGUGAAGCAUGUGGUGAAGGAGCGGGUCACCGAGUGGGGCACCAUGAACGGCGCGAUGGUGCCCUUGGAGAUCGUGCUGCUGAAGAAGGUGGUGGGCUCCGGCUUUAGAGGGGUCAUCAAGCUGCUGGACUGGUACGAGCGGCCCGACGGCUUCCUCAUCAUCAUGGAGCGGCCCGAGCUGGUGAAGGAUCUUUUCGACUUCAUCACCGAGAAGGGGGCCCUGGACGAGGAGACGGCCCGGGGCUUCUUCCGGCAGGUCCUGGAGGCGGUGCGCCACUGCUACACCUGCGGCGUGGUGCACAGGGACAUCAAGGACGAGAACCUGCUGGUGGAUCUCAGGACGGGCGAGCUCAAGCUGAUCGACUUCGGCUCCGGAGCCAUCCUUAAGGACACUGUCUACACCGACUUCGAUGGAACAAGAGUGUACAGUCCUCCAGAAUGGAUCCGAUACCACAGAUACCAUGGGAGAUCAGCAACAGUGUGGUCCUUGGGAGUGCUUCUGUUUGAUAUGGUUUGUGGAGACAUCCCUUUUGAACAAGAUGAAGAGAUCUUGAGAGGACGGUUAUACUUCAGGAGACGAAUAUCACCUGAAUGUCAGCAGCUGAUCAAAUGGUGCCUUUCACUGAGGCCUUCAGACAGACCAACACUUGAACAAAUUUUUGACCAUGCAUGGAUGCACAAAUCUGAAGUAGUGAAGUCUGAGGACUGUGACAUAAGGCUACGGACCCUUGAUACUGAUGUAUCUAGCACAAGUUCAAGCAAUGAGAGUCUGUGAAACACUAAGGACCUCACAAUGGGAGGGGAGCUACAAGCAGAAAGACCACAGUGCUGCUGCCAAUACGUAGGAGGGGCUAGAAAAAUGCAUUCAUUAUUCUGUAGUUGAAUCUUUGUCUGAGGGACUUGAUUUUAUUUUCCCCUUUUGCUGGUUUCUGCUUUGGAAUGAGAAAUUUCCUUUGGAAACGCUAAUGUUUGGGAGUUGCAGGCCAGUACUUAGUCAAAAGACUGACCUUAUUAAGAAAGCAGUGACCUCUUGAAUACAUGGUAAACUUUUUUGCUCUCAUAGAGCCUGGACUAGAUUUUUAUUUGCUUUUGAGUGCCUUUUUGAAAGCUGCUUCAGUGGGACUUUCUUUUUUGAGCUGUGUAUGUCCAAAGAAGAUCCAGUUCAUUAUAGGAUUUUGCUCCCUUUAGACUGAGUGCUGGAGGAAGCAGUUCCUAUGAUGCAUUGGAGAACAUGUUCGGUGAUUGAAUGAAGUAGUCCCAUCCACUGGUGAUGGAAUACUUGAACACAGACAUUUCACUCCUUCCAGUCCCCGUCCCACCUCCAAACCCACCUCUGCUGCUCCAAAAUAUUUCCUAUAGCCUGCAUACAAAUAUGAACAGGUAUAUCAGCUUUUUUUUUUUUUUUUUUAAUCCCCCAGAAACAUUCACUCUUGUUUUCUUUUAUCAUCUCUACCACUGGGCAUGCAAAGCCCCUUUCUCAAUCUCACCCUCCCUCCACCCCUCUCCUUUUGUCAACCUGCGAGUCUUAAAGUAUGUAUGGGCAUGUUAAAUGCACAAUCAAUGCAAUAUUCAAGGACUUUACUUUUUUCCAUACCUGUAUAAUGUGUUUAUGUAAAUUUGGUUUUCCCGUGUAUUAUACAGUUUUUUUUAUUUAUUUGUUUGAAGUUUUAGAAGACCUCCCACAGUUUCAGCUGUGGCUAUUUAUUUGCUUAAUUUAUUUGGUUAGAGUUAUAUUCAACACUGCUUUCCCCCUUCCCCAUGGGAAUUCUAGUGGUUUGCCCAUGACACUCUUUUCUGCAUUCCUGUUAACUUUUGUUUAAAAAACAAAACAAUUUUUUUUCUGACCUUACCAGUUUCUGUUGGAAGAUGGAAAAUUGUUGUACAAAGUCUAAUUUAAGGGAAAUAGAAUGACUUUUUAAAGUUUAGUAUGCCUUUGUCUGGUAUUCUACCAGUAAUGUAAAGUAAUGCUAUUUGGAAGGGUUUUAAAUUAUUGACAAUGUACAGUCUUUGCGUAUUGGCUCUGGAAGGUAGGGUGGCAGAGUCAUAAACAUUAAUUUAUUUUAAUAGCUGUGUUUCUGUGUUCUGGUUGCACUUGUGCAGCUUGGAUUUGGAUUUUUUUUCUUCUGUUUAACAGUGUGAAAUGUAUGGAGAUCAUAUUUUUUAUACAGGUAUUUCAAUUAAACUUUUUUUGUAUAUAACAGUA